AAAAACUCAUAAUUUUAAAUUUUGAAAAUUGAACUUUUUUAACUAAAAAGUCCCUAGUAAACCUAUAAACCUUUAUUGAUUAUUCAGUAUCCGAACUUUUUUCCAUACUUAUUUCCCGUCAUAAACGUCCAUUACAUCAAACUGGCAGUGGCAUCAGUCAUCUCAUGUCAAAAAUUCUAAUUAUCAAAUGAGAAGGGGAAUGUGAGAAAGAAAACAUUGUGUUUAAAACUCACCCUAAACUCAAAGUUUGUUUACAUUUUUAUUUUUACUUUAGUCACAUGAAUUGACUGCAUUUAGGUGAUAAAUUGCACUGUUAAAAAGUUCUUCAUAAAAGAACAAUAAAAAUGAGUCUUGAAGAAGUUCAAGAUUCCAAAAAAGCACUCAUUUACCUGCCAUACAGUGAAUACUGUACCGAUCAUCAAGGACUGUUCUUACACGAAGAUGAGAAACUUGUGAAGCCUGGAGACAAGUUCAAAUCUCACGAUGAUUUUGUACAGUACCUGAAUGAGAAUGCAAAGCGAUGGUGCUUUUACUAUAGCUGUUCCGAUUCAAGGAACCCAAACACUGGCUAUGAAACUUACACUUAUAACUGUGUUUACUUGAGAACUAAAGAAAAGUAUAAGAAAAAAGGAUUGAGAAAGAGAAGCAAUAACAUGAAGACUGAUUGCCCUUGCAAGAUAAAAUUAAGGCAUCUACCCAAUGAGAAAGAACUCACCGUAGUCUAUGUGUGUAAUCAUCACGAUCAUGAACUGUCUUUACAAGAAUUUUACAAGCUACAACAUGGACGCCGAUUACCGCCAUAUGUCAAGGAAGAGAUCAAAGAUUUUCUCCAACUAAAAGUCGACCUGAUGAAAAUUAAAGCGUAUGUCGAAAUGGAAACCGGUUUCAAUAUGAGUCGUCCGUUCUUCUACACGUUGGAGAAGAACAUGAAGCGCAGGGAUGGAGAAAGACAUAUCAGCGAACAGAGAUUGAAGUUGUUGCAACAAAAAAUUGCAGCUGUCGACGAAAUGUUUGGUGAUAAUGAAGAUGAAAGUACAGAUGCGCGGGCGCAACAUGAUAAUGCCGAUGAUGAAGUUAUAAGAACCAAGAAAAUUAUCAACAGAUCAGCCCUUAAAAAUAUAACAAAGACUCUUCAGCCUUCGUCAACUAAAAGACGUAAGCUGGGCUCGAUAAUCUAUGAAGAAGAUAUUUCGGAUACGCCGAAAAGAAUGAAAAUCAAUACAAAUCAAGUAAACAGUGAAAAUGAAACAUUGCAGAGUGUGAAGAAUUUACAGGAAUCUGCCAAUGUUAAAUGUGAGAUUGAGCCAAAUCCUUGGAUUGCUGAUCAAUGUGCCCCUGUGUUGGUUAACAGCUAUACAUUAAAACAAGAAGCCACCAAACAAACUGAAGGCGAGGAAUCAGUACACAUCCAAACGGUGGAGCAUUUAGAUGAAGACUUACACAUAUUGGUACAAAAUGGAAUUGAAAACUUGGGUUACACAAUACAAUAUUGUGAUGAUUCAACCCAAGAGAUCAUCAGUAAUGAAUAUGUUAGUGAAGAACAAGUAAAUCACGUGGAAGAAAAUCAAAUUGAUAAUAUAGCUUACGAAACAGUCGUUACUGAUGGCAAUGAAACGCAAGAAGUAGUUGAAGAAUAUAUUGCUAUUGGUGAAAGUAUAGAAGGAAACAUGCACGAGCAACAAGAAGGUGAAAUUGAACAAAGUGAAAUAGUAGAGCAAGAUUAUGAUAAUACUCAAGAUGUGGUUGAAGAAGAUAGUCAAGUACAAUAUAUUACUGAAGAUGGAGAGGUUACUGAUAGUAUUGUUCAGUAUGUAGGUGAAGUGACCGAUGAGAGUUACGCACAAGAUGUCGCAGUACAAACGGCUGAUAAGUCUGGUAAUGCGCAAACGCUUCUUCCAGUCUUCGAUGUCUAUAUGAAAGAUGGCAAUGUUACCGGUUUCGUUGUUAAUGAUAAUUUAAUAACCGGUUUGAAAGAUGGUGUGGAUAAAGAAAUACAAACGAAUGAUGAAUUGUUGAAUAGUAAUAGUGUACGAGAAGUCAAAACGGAUGAUUACAACGUUGAAAUAAUUCAAGAGCUGACUAAAUCAAAACAUGGCGACACAUACACAAAGCAUGAAUAUGUUCACAGAUACAAUAUAGAUAAAUACAUGAUCCAACCACAUUUUCCUAAGUACGUAGAUACACUAGCAAAGGAAACAGGACUGGAUGUACUACAUAUGUUCACGAAUAUAUAUAAAGAGAAAGCCAUGUUCAAAAUUACAACUACUCAGAGAGGCAAGGAAGGGGACACAAGAAUAUGGUACGUCAAAAAUGGAGUCAGAGCGAAAAAGAACAGCUUAGAAGAAUCUAACAGAGAAAAAUUGGGGCGAAACCUUCAAAGCAUUUUUAUUCUAAAGGAAAAAUUGAGAUAUAUGAAGCAAAAGAAUAGUGAAUUGAUAAUAAAAAAUAAACAGCUGGAAGAAGUCGCGCUAAAGCUUGUCGAGAUGACCUCGUAGUAAUAAAAUUAUGUUAAAUGUUACUAAAGAUUAAUAAAAACUAAAUAACUGUUACUACUUUGUUACAUUUAUUAACAUUAAAGUUAAAAUUUAAU